ACACACACACACACACACACACACACACACACACACACACACACAGUGAGUGCACCAAGAGUUCAAGAGCGCUAGUGUGUGUUUGACUGCAAUUAAGGGGAGUGGAAAUAUUUUGGGGCAGUAUAGUCGGUUUAUCCAUCCACGUUUCUUUCGGUCGGGACGAAGUUUCGCUAGUGUAUAUCUAUACUUUUGGUUACUUUACUCUGUGCGCCAGGCAAUUAAACCAAGUGACAAUACUGUCCACAGCGAGGACAUGUGUUGCACGUGAGAAGACACGGAGUUGAGUGCGCAGGGUUGCAGAAAAGGACAGAGUGAAAACUGAACAAGACCACUCCACGCACCAUGAAGAAAGGGGACUCUGGUUGUCAGUUUCUGAAUGAAGUUGGGGCUCUGCACUGCAUGUCUGGCAGUAAUUAUGAGGGCAAGGGGAAGAGAAUUAAGGUAGCAUCCCAUCCCAUCCCAUUGGUGGGAUUGAUCUUGUUGGCCACCCUCCCUUUUGGAGCAAGUAUCAAACAAAGUGUCCCCAGGGUUAAACUCAGCCACGGAGAACUGCUGCAAGCCGGCAGUGUAUCUCUGUUUUUGGGCCCCUCCGAUGGCCUCCACUCCCACUCGCUGCUUCUGGAUGAAGAGAGAGGUCGUCUUCUGUUGGGAGCCAGAGAUCACAUCUACCUGCUUGACACUGACAAUCUGGCCAGAACCCCCAGAAAGAUUCACUGGCCUGCUCCGCGAGACCAAGUGGAUAUGUGCAAACUGGCAGGCAAAAAUGCAAAUUUGGAGUGUGCUAACUUUGUCAGGGUCCUUCACAACUACAAUCGUACACAUGUCUAUGCCUGUGGGACAGGAUCCUUUCACCCCAACUGUGCUUUCAUUGAAAUCACUGGCCGCAGAGAGGAUGGCGUGUUCCAACUGCUGUCUAGGACAGUGGAGUCUGGCAGAUUGAAAUGUCCUUUUGAUCCUUCGCAGCCAUUCACCUCAGUCCUCACAGAUCAGUACCUGUAUGCGGGCACAUCAUCAGACUUCCUGGGCAAAGACACAACUUUCACACGCUCCCUUGGCCCUCCACCUGACCAGCACUACAUACGCACAGACAUGUCUGAAGAAUACUGGAUCAAUGAGGCCAGGUUUAUAUCUGCUCAUCCCAUUGCAGACACCUACAAUCCAGAUGAUGAUAAGAUAUACUUUUUCUUCCGCGAGGUGUCAUGGGAAGGCAACGGCAAAAGCAUCCUGUCCCGAGUGGCUCGUGUGUGCAAGAAUGAUGUGGGUGGGCUGAGAAGUCUGACCAAUAAAUGGACCACCUUCCUCAAAACCAGACUUGUGUGUUCUAUCCCUGGACCAGAUGGAGUGGACACACACUUUGAUGAGCUCCAGGACAUCUUCAUGCUCCCUACCAGAGAUGACAAAAACCCCAAAGUGUAUGCAGUCUUCACCACUUCCAGCUCCAUUUUCCGUGGCUCAGCAGUGUGUGUGUACAGCAUGGCGGACAUAAGGGCCGUGUUUAAUGGACCUUACGCCCACAAGGAAGGGCCUGACCACCGAUGGGUAGAAUACGAGGGGAGGAUACCGUAUCCCCGUCCUGGAACGUGUCCCAGCAAGACAUAUGAUCCAAGGAUCAAGACCACCAAAGACUUCCCAGAUGAGGUGGUCAGUUUUAUUCGAUUCCACCCUCUUAUGUAUCGCUCUGUAUACCCUCUGACCGGUCGACCUGUGUUCACGCGUGUCCGAGUGGACUACACCCUGACUCAGAUCGUUGUGGACAGAGUUUUGGCAGAGGAUGGACAAUAUGAGGUCAUGUUUCUUGGAACAGAUGUCGGCUCAAUUCUAAAGGUGGUGAGCAUCACUCAGGAAAAUUGGUCAACAGAGGAAGUGGUGCUGGAAGAACUUCAAGUUUUCCAGGUUCCCACUCCCAUCCUCAGUAUGGAGAUAUCUUCUAAACAGCAACAGCUCUACGUGGGAUCAAAUGAAGGGCUAGCCCAGGUUUCACUCAGUAGAUGUCACCUGUAUGGUCAAGCCUGCGCUGAAUGCUGCCUGGCACGAGACCCCUACUGCGCCUGGGAUGGACACACAUGCUCACGAUACGUCCCUGCAUCAAAGCGGCGAGCCAGAAGACAGGACAUCAAGCAUGGAGACCCUGCCAGUCAGUGUUGGGACACUGAAGACAGUCUUGUUGGGGGACAGGUGGAGGAGAGAGUCCUCUAUGGGGUGCAGCGCAACUCCACCUUCCUCGAGUGUAUCCCCAAAUCUCAACAGGCUCUGAUCCGGUGGUACAUACAGAGGCAUGGAUCUGAACGCAGAGAGGAGGUCAGGCUGGAUGAUCGUGUCGUACACACAGAUCGAGGUCUUCUGAUUCGCUCCCUCCAAACCUCUGAUGCUGGCGUGUAUCUCUGCGUAGCUCAAGAGCACACACACUUCACCCACACUCUCCUCCAUCUCAAGCUACAACUUGUUACACAUGGACAACUGGAUGGGAAGCCCAAGCCCAGUGAUGACCCCAUGGUGGAGUUGCGCCACAGCGUGGAGUCCCGUCAGCGUUAUAAAGACUACCUGAGAGUGAUGAGCUCUCCCUUUGGCUCUCUGGAGGAGUAUUGCGAUUCACUGUGGUUGGAGAAAAGACCAACAAGGGUGCGAGGAAGAGGCUUAGGAGCUGUCAAAUGGAAACAUAUGCAGGAAAUGAAGAAGAGCAGGAACAGGAGACAACACAGAGAGAGGGACAAAGAGUGGGAAAAACAGGAGCGAGGGAGGGUGGUGAGGACAGCAAAGCAGUGAGGGAUGUCAUAAACAAACAAUCAGGGUUAGUUAUCUAUACGACAAGGCAGAACGUAACACAUAACUGCAGAAUUGCAAUGACAGAUCAAUUCAUGAGCAAGCAAAAUCUAACUCAGAGUAACAGUAAUGGGGCGUGAAAGACUAACUCUGAAAUACAGUAUAUAGAGGUCAAAAUAAAAGUAUUGAAAAGAUAUCCACAAGCAAUUUUAUGUAGUAUUGGGAUGUGAAUAUCAAACUGCAUUCAUCUCUCCUGAAUUGGAACAUGACUGGUCUUUCCUAAAGCUUUCACCGGCUAAAUGCUGUAGUUUCCCCAGCAGGAUGGUUAUUAGAGGUGAUGAUUUGAGAAUAUUGAAACUUAUAGUUGAAUUAGUGAGAUUGCGAAAAUACCAAAAAACUAAGAGUUUGCCUGUGGUGAUGACAAUGCAUUCAUGUUGAAUGACUGUAAAUAUUUACAUACCAUGUACAGGAGAUACAGCAUGCUCAGUUUAGUCUAAUUACUGAUGUGUAUACCUAAAAUGAUAAUCAUGUAUAAUGUUUGGUCUGACAAAAUAACAUAUCAUUCUUUAAUGCUGUUGUUGAAAGUUAUUUAAAUAAAUCGGUCCUGGAGCCUCUGUUCAAUGAAUUAAUUACAUUGUGUGAAGAGACUAAGAGACUCAAGCAAACAGCAAACAAGGUUGAGAACGGGUUUGUGUUAGUUCAGAUGAGUCUCUCCUGAUAUAGCAACACAAGUCCCUGUGCACUGUAUGCAGAUGUCAGAAUGAUUCAGGACCAGCUGGUCUCUUGUUUAGUGUGUGUGUGUGUGUGUGUCUAAAAGAUAGAGGGAAAAUGGGUGUCUUCAGGAAACCAUGCAAAAUAGGAAAAAGUCAUUUAAAGAAUUCCUUGAAUAACCUGGUAAAGCUCUAAAUGCAUCAACAUCACUUUCAUGAGCAAACAUUCUGCACAACAACACACUCAUUCUAAUGUUUCUAACUCUCUCCAGAGGGAAACUUCAAAUUUGCAAGUACAAAAGUAGAUAGCAUUGUGUGUGUGUGCGUGUGUUCAUUACACUAUAAGUUGUCUAAAACCAAUUUAGUUUUUUAUGCUCUCAUAUGUGUUUUUUUUGGCUGCAGUUGCUGUGGAUUUUAUAUUGUUUACACAGUUCUGUGGCAAGUUAUUUAAUUUAUGUGGUUGCUUGUUGCACCCCCCACGGUGUCCUUACACUUUUAUUUAUUGUUGGCCAUUUUGUUUAUUGUCUAAGUUUUGUCUCUUUUCUGGUUAAUUAUUCUAAGGCUAUACUGAAGGUGUUGUAUAAUUGAUAAUCAGUUAUGUUGGUUUGGACAUAAGGUGUCUGUGGUUUGACGUUUAGGCUACUUUGGCGUUGUUUUGUAGCCUAAAUCUUUUCUUUAAUUUAAUUGGUAUAAUCUAUAUUAGCCUACAUAUAGUCUUAUAAGACUACUUACAUUGUAGCACACUAACUUUUACAUAGAAUACAUUUUAACUAACCUACUUUUUACUUUUACCUGGGUAUGUUUUUACUCAAGUAUUUUUACUUUUACUUGUGUAAAAUGCAUUUAAAGGAAUACUACUUUUUGUUGAGUAAAAUAUUCUAGUAGUCUUUUCCAAGUUGUUGAAAAACUGUUAAUGCUCAAUAACUUAAUAGCCUUUUAAUUCUUUUACUGAUCUCAUAUUUAGGCCUCCCCUAACACAUGACUAUUACUGUCUGUUAGUGAUACACUUGGUAUUUUUUUUUGCCUAAACAUUCACCUCAGUUCAUUGUAUUUACUGUACUUAUAUAAGUAUGCACAUACCAACAAAAUUCAAGUCUCUUAUUUUGUGUGUCUCCACAGUGAUUUCUCCAUGUUUCCUGUAACAAAGACAAUAAAUAUUUCAUGAACUU